AUAACCUCAAAUGCAUUUCAAUUGAACGAAAGCGGCAUGAAUAAUAAAAAUGGAAUGUCAUACGUAGUUAUCACAGUAUCUUUGGCUGUCACUAUCGUUUGGUAGUGAGUUAAGGUGUAUCUUCGCCAAAUAGCAGUAAAAAAUCAAAUUAAUCAAAAGUAAGAAAAAUAUUUCCUGGAAACACAAUGACUCUUCUCAUAGAAACUGGAUUGGUUGUUGCUAUUCUGGUAAUUGUCCAUAUUGCGAUUUAUCAGUGGGUAAGCAAAAAGCCAUUACGAUCAAUUCGAGACCGACAUGUUGUGAUAACCGGUGGCUCGCAAGGCAUUGGAUUUUGGAUUGCGGUCAAUUGCGUAAAAUUGGGUGCUCAUGUCACAAUAAUAGCCCGCAGUGUUGAAAAGCUGGAGUCAGCAUUGGAAAAGAUAAAGUUGCACCGCGUCAACGAUAAGCAAUUGAUUCAGUAUCGUUCGAUUGAUCUGUCAAAAAGUUAUGACAGUGUCAAAAAUGCACUAAGCGCACUGGAGGAAGAUACUGCGCCAAUUUACAUGCUGGUGAACUGUGCUGGCGGAGCAAUUUGCGGAAGAGUAGAUGAAAUAUCACCCGAUGACGCAGUUUAUUUGAUGAACAUCAACUAUUACUCCGUGUACUAUCCGACGCGUUAUGUGCUCACGAAAUUCAAAGAAACUGGAGAUGGGAUCAUCACUAUUACGGCGUCACAAGCCUCUCUCGUGGGAAUCUACGGCUACGGACCAUAUACAGCAGCCAAGUUUGCAUUACGCGGUUUAGCUGAAACCAUUGCCAUGGAAGUGUCGAACACCAAUAUAUCCAUUACAUUGGCAUUACCGGCCGAUACAGAUACACCUGGAUUUGAAAAUGAGAACCGAACCAAGCCAGAAGAAACAAAAAUCAUUUCAGGAGGAGGCGGAUUGGCAAAGCCAGAAGAUAUGGCUCAUAAGAUUUUAACCGAUUCAUUGAGUGGAAAUUUCAUCUCGAUAUUCGGAUUUGAAAGUUGGAUGCUAACGAUAAUUUGCUCUGGAAUGUCGCCGUGGGGUGGAUUUUUGUUUAAUGUGUUGCAGUCGAUAAUUUUGGGCCCACUUCGAAUUGUGGCAUAUGGAAUUCAAUGGCAUUUCCGAAAUGUUGUCAAAACGUGCGCACAAAAACGAGCAUUGGACGCGACAGCAACCUCAAAGAAGAAUGAAUAAACAUUGCAUUGAAAGUCACACAACAAAGUGCCUAAUUAGUAAUAUUUUCCAUGGACUCAUGUACCAAAAUUAUUUUACAAAUACACAACAGCUUUUUAAUUCGCUUUAAAA